CAAUGCAUGGUAUGACUCCUCUGAUGCACGCGGCGUGUAAGGCGCAGGUGGAGGUGUGCAGACUGCUGCUGCAGCACGGAGCCGAUGUCAACUGCAACAAGCAGGAGUACGGAUACACAGCCCUCAUGUUCGCUGGACUGUCAGGUAACACUGAGAUCACAGCGAUGAUGCUGGACGCCGGGGCGGAGAAGGACCAGGUGAACUCAGUGGGACGAACUGCUGCACAGAUGGCGGCUUUUGUGGGUCAGCAUAACUGCGUGACCCUGAUCAAUAACUUCUUCUCGUGGGCCCGUCUGGAGUACUACACACGACCCCAGGGCCUGGAGACGGAGCCCAAGCUGCCGCCCAAGCUGGCCGCGCCCCUGCACAAGAUCAUCAUGAGCACCAACCUCAACCCCGUCAAGAUGGUGAUGCUGGUGAAAGAGAGCCCCCUGCUGGCGGACGUGGGUGCGCUGGAGAAGUGCUACCGCGUGAUGGACCUGCUGUGUGAGCAGUGUGUGAAGCAGCAGGACAUGAACGAGGUGUUGGCCAUGAAGAUGCACUACAUCAGCUGUGUGCUGCGCAAGUGUCUCUCCUUCCUGCGCCAGCGAGACCACAACCUCAACGCCCUGCUGAAGAGCCUGCUGAAGGGGCGGGAUGGGGACGGCUUCCCUCAGUACCAGGAGCAGUUCAUCCGCGACGUCAUCCGGAAGUUUCCCUACUGCGAGGCCACGCUCCUGCAGGAGCUGGUGUACAGCAUCGCCCCAGUGGAGAUCGGAAACGACCCCACAGCCUUCUCGGUUCUGACCCAGGCGCUGACGGGCCAGAUGGUUCUGAUGGACUCUGAGUUCUGUGCCACGUGCGGAGAGAGAGGCGCUGAGAAGAGAUGCACACUCUGCAGAAUGGUGGUGUAUUGUGGGCAGGCCUGCCAGAGUCUUCACUGGUUCACCCAUAAGAGGGUGUGUAAGACCCUUUGGCAGCCGAGCAGCCAGAUGGACCCCGCACAACUACGAGAGCUCCCAGACCACGAUGAUGAGGUCAGCGUGACGGAGGACAGCAGCGUGACGGAGGACAGCAGCGUGACGGAGGACAGCGGCGUGACGGAGGACAGCGGCGUGACGGAGGAGGAGACGGCCAGCUCUCUGAGGGAGCUCCACCUUGGCCCUGAGGUCAGCGAGGCCGACGCCUCUUCCUCCACCUGCGAAGCCUCCGCCUCUUCCUCCACCUGCGAGGCCUUCGACGACGACGUCCCGAUGACGUGCCCCGCCUUCCCCACUGACUUCCACUUCUGAGGGCGUCUGCAGCACACACACACACACACACAC